UAACAAAUCGCAAAUGCUAUAAUAUUCGACAAUAAGUCUUAUUUCGUUACGUUCACCUCACGCGAUGUGAAGUAUCAUAACUUAACAUUAGAAAGUACCGACAGUCGUAUUCUAAAAAACGUAAGACAUGUACUUGUAUACAUUGGUAAUUCCGUUUUUUUCUAUUCGAAAUAUAAAAAAUCGAAAAUAACCACGGAAACGUAUUGUGAAUAUGAUUUACCGUCUAUAUUUAGGUGUACACAAAAUACGAUACACGGCACGUUUAAGAAUCAUUGCGGAUCCUAGUAUAUUCAUAGCAUACAUACUAGCAAUCAUUACGUUAUUAAUUGGUAUUUACAUUCAACAGUGGACGGAAAUUAGAAACGAUUAAAAACGAACUUUAAAGCCUAACGGGUACAGUUGCUGCUGCGGUAGGGUUCAGCGUUUAUGUACAUGCACGUCACGGAAAUGUCUCAUUUUUAUUCGUACCUCGCGUUAAACAUUUUACCAUGGUAAAAGCACGGAACUGCUUUGAUACGCUGACAAAAAUGUUUCGUGGAAAACAAAACGCAAGACCACCAUGCCUGCGGGGUGGAAAACAGUGUGCAUGUCUAGAAGUAGUUGGUUUCGUGCGCAAGGGUUGUUGUACGUUCACGCGCGCGUGCGUGCGCGUUGUACUCAACUCCCACGCUUUCGUGCUGUACGCUGGGAACGAACACGACGAUUUCGAAUUUAGAUAGAUACGGGUCGGUUACCGUUCCGGUCGCACUGGCUAACCUAACGUGAUGAAAGGCACCGCGGCGGCAGACCGGCCGUACGAGUCUUGCCGCUGGAAGUCGUCGCGCGGACGACUGGCCGUUCGCACCACGUGGGUAAAAGGGGUGCGACACGUCAUAAUGUCCGACGAUGACGACGUGACGGACGAGCGGCCACCGCCGGAAAAAGAAAAGCGGUCGCGCCUGCAGCACAAGAACAGCGGCGGCAGCACUAGUAACGCCAAAACGAACAGGUCGCCGUUGACCGUGGUCAACGCGAACGGGAACAACAACAACGGCAAUGACGACAACGGCAGUUACGUGGACCGCGUGCUCCGGUGGCUGCAUAAACCGUCCGGGGGCGUGUUGGAAACGUGCCAAAAGCCCAUGUCGGCGCCCGGAAACGGCGGCGGCGGUGUUAGACGUCCCGCUCUGAUCAAGACUUUUUCGAUCCCGGAGAACAAGUUCGUGCACCAACAGGUGGCCGAGGUGACCGGGAGACCGUCCACCACCAAGUCCUCCGGCGCGAGCAAUGCGAAAAACCAUCGAAAAACCGAGUUGCACGUGCACAUGCCGUCCACGUGCCCAGACGGUCACGGCGAGAUCUGGCAUCGUUUAUCGUGAACAUCAUAAUACUGUUAUUAUUUCAUUGUACCGGGUAACCAUCGCACGCAUUUGUCGUUUUAUUAUCGCACGUGUCUAGUUUAGGAACAGUACUCGACUUGCGGACGGGACGGAGUACCCCAACUAAUUUUCAAAAAUUUUAGCGUACCCCUACUAUUGUUACGUUAUUAUUAAAACGCUAAACAAGUUUUGGGGACGCUAUUAUUUUUUAAAAUAGAGAUGCCCUUCUUUCAUUUUGCCUAGUCGAGCACUGGGUAUAUAUAUACGAUAGACGCGUUGACAUAUUAUUGUUCACACCGUCGAGGAUCGGGCGUUCGAACCGAGCGGCAAGAAAAUCAAAAUUAGAUAACAUUAGCAGCAAGGCCGUAUUCAAGGGGUGGUUUGGAGAAGAAAUAGCUCCUCUCCCUAAAAUAUUUAAGGGGCUAGCAGUGUUUCUACGGUGAUUCUAAAUAAAAUAAAAUCAAUUUUAAAUAAAACUACAUAAAAAUUAAAUGUUGUAUUAUAAAAGAAUUUAUA